AUGGCGAAGAUCCUGCGCGUUCUGAGCGCGCACCAGCUCGCGCCGAACGCCACGGCGCUCGUUUGGGCCCCUGGGCCGUCGGCCCCUCGAGCCUGCGAGGCGGGCAGAGGGGGCGCCCCAGCUCGAGGACGCGCUCGCUGGCUCGCCCCACGGCGGCAUCUGCGGCGACCCACUUCUGCGUGGACUCGGUCGGCCUCUUGUCAGGUGGGCAUGGACUUGCGCGCCGACUUCGUCGUCUGCCCGCGAUCGUUCGACGAGAAGCUCUCCCGCCUCUGCGCGCAGGCCGCGCAGACGCACGGCAUCAACUUCACGACGAUUCACAAUGACCUGGGGUUGCCGGUCAAGGUGGAGGAUUGCCUUCUGAGGAAUAUUGAGAAGAUCUACUGGGGUUGGAACAACAUGAAUCUACGUGGCUCCGCGCACCCGGCUGCCCUGCAGUUUGGCCCUCGCCGGGGAGGUGCCCACCCUCGAGCAUCCGGUCGCGAGGGCGGUGAGCGCCACGGACAGGGCCGAGGGCGCCGCGCUCGCCGUCGCGGGGAGGAGGCGCACCUUUGGCUGUUAGGACGUACGUCCAGUUAA